AUGAUCACUGACCGUUCAUCGUAUGAUUCUCCAUCCGUCGCCCAGCAACAAACCAUGUCAUCGAAGAAAGAAUUUGCAAACCAGACUGACUCUAUAGAACCCACAAAAAUUAUAGUAACAUGUUUACCGGAUGGGAUCGAUAAAGAAUUAAUGGAAAUGUUCUUUGAACAUAAGAGUGGCAGUAAAAUAAAAGAAGUGAUCAUUGACGAAGAAGGCCAGUACGCAAUCGUCGAGUUUCUACAUACUAAUGAUGAAACAGCUGAUCGGGAGUGCGCUCCGGUUAACUCAGCUAAUGAAACAUCAGCAGAAUAUAUACGACCAAAGACAAUUAAAGUAUCGGUAUUACCUGAGAGGGCAACACAUGAAAUUCUCGUUAUAUUUCUCGAAAACAAAACUAGAGAGUGUGGUGGUAAAGUAAAAUGCGCAACAGUUGACGACAAAAAGCACUCAGCUAUUGUUGAAUUUGAGGAACCAUCAGCCAUUGACCUUAUCAUGAAGAAACGACCAAUUGUAAUACGUGGUACGGAGGUGCAGAUAGGGGCAAUUACCCAGGUAACACCGAUGACACCAGACAGAUGCAGUACAAUUAAAGUAUCAGGCCUACCAGAAGCUGCUAUAGAAGAAAUUCUUAUGAUGUAUUUUGAAAAUGAGAAUAGACAAGGCGGUGGAAAAGUUAAAGAAGUCCGUAUCAACAUAAUGGAUAGAUCUGCGGCCGUUGACUUUGAAGAAGAAAAGGCUGUCGAUAUUGUUCUAAAUAAGCGACCAAUAAAGAUUCUUGGCCAUGAAGUUGAUGUACAAAAAUACACCCAGGUAACGCCACUAACAAUAGAGAAAUGCAGUACAAUUAGAGUAUCAGGUAUACCAAAAGCUGCUACAGAAGAAAUUCUAAUCAUGUUUUUUGAAAAUGAGAAGAGACAAGGCGGCGGAAAUGUCAAAAAAGUCUGUAUCAACAAAACGGAUGGAUCUGCUCUUGUCGUAUUCGAAGAAGAAAAAGACUAG